ACUAAACCCUGGACUCGGUCCGCUGAUUUGGAAUGGGCGAUGCACCUAAUCAAUCGUUCAUAUCGGCAAAAGCGAGGUAUUGACUUAUUGUUUCUGCGUGUUAAUAUCUGGCAGUACUGGUGCAGGCCUGCCUCGUUAAAAGAGCACAACGCAUGAGUCUAAUAACCUAAAUGAUUCUAUCUUUCCUAUCCCACUGCAGGUCUUGGUUAGAGAAUGUCGGGAGGAAGUCGUUGUCGGAGAGAAGCCGCUCGUCUGUCAUGAUUGCUACCACCGGUAGUAGUGAGAUAGACCCCGACAACCACCUAUCCGACCUCACGGGAUUCGUAUCUAAGGAGUUGCCUCAUCCAAUAGCGCACGGUAGUUUCGGGGAUGUGUGGAAAUGCACCUACAUCGCAUCCAACCGUCCAGGCCUGGAGGUAGCAGUCAAAUCCAUAAGGAUCGAUGUCGCAGGUGACGAAUCCAGGGCCAGAGUUACUCAAAGACUCUUGGGCGAUUUUCGUGCACGCAAGCAACUGCAUCACGAAAAUCUUUUACCUCUGCUCGGUUUCAGUCACGAAUUUGGGCUACUUCCAGCGAUGGUUUCUCCCUGGAUACACAACGGCUCGCUCACUACACAUCUUGAACACCAUUUCACAGAAAUGACCAUCGAACAAAAGUUCCUAAUCUUGAGGCAAGUCGCUGCAGCCAUCAGCUACCUCCACUCGAAGGGCGUUAUUCACGGUGACCUUACCGCCAACAACAUUCUGAUAGAUUCGGACCACAAUGCCCAUGUAGCAGACCAUGGAAUUCUCCCAAUGUACUCUGAUCUCUCAGGUAUUUCAUACAUUAGAAGCAACAUGCGGUGGGCUGCACCAGAGCUCUUCGGGGUGCCCGAGAACGAAGAGUCAUCGACUCUACAGCCAGCCAGCGAUAUUUAUUCUUUCGGAUGUAUCAUGCUUCAGGUUAUGACAGGUCUACCACCCUAUGCAGAUGUGCAACACGAUUAUCAAGUCAUUGCCCUGAUACUCAAGGGUAGGAAGCCUACAAGACCAUCGAGUCCACACGACGCAGAUUCUUUCUGGGAUUUCAUCGAGAGAUGCUGGGGUGAUAUAGGACGUCGGCCCUCCGCCGUUGAUGUUCUGAACUUCCUAGGUUCAGAUCCUGGCACUGCGCUACAAACAGAGAGCUGUGUUAAGUCGCCAUCGUCGUCACCGUCUCAUAGUACUUUCCUUUUUCCCUCUUGUCACGUGGACUCAUAUAUAUACGCACCGUUUCGCCGUAUCAUACCUCAGUUGUUAUCCCUGACACUGAGGUAUGUCUUUUGGUCUCUCGUCGUUCUCGCCGCCUCUUACUGUAUCUCCCUAGCGUGCUUCACAUUCUAGGUAUUACAUAAUAUAAUCAAGUAGUUAUUCCUAAUAGUAACACUGAGCGUGCUUGCGACGCAUUCUAGCUUACAAUAAGCCUAUGUAUACUAGCG